AUGACCCAGGAUAUCUGGGAUGUUUGGAACGCGUUGUGGGACUCAGAGAAAGAGAGGAAGAGGUCAGAAACCGCCCGAGUAAAUCAGAUGAGCGAGCCAGCGGGCGCCGGUUCUGGACCUGCCCGCCAUACUGGUGGAUCUCGCUUUGCUCUCAAGCAUAUGGAUGUGAUGGAAAGGGAGCUUGGCCGAAAAACGAGUGCGACGGAGCUUAACACUCGCCUUCACUGCACGAAGGCUGACAAGAAGCUGGUCGACAAGCGGGCUCAGGAUAUGACUGACUUCCCUGUAAAAUGGGACGCCAUCACUGAGAGGCUUGCUGCUGCGACACGGCCUCAGAUCGGAGAGGGUAGCUCCUCGAGCCCAGCGGCAGUGGACGAGACCCAGGUGUUUCUAGACAUCGAGGGCAUCAACAAGAAGAAAAGUGUGUACGGCUUGGGUUCUGUGAGCAGCAGGUACGCCGGGACAAGCAGCAGGGUGCAGCGAGGCAGCUCCUCUAGGUCGUCGCAGCAGGCAGACGAGGAGGUCGAGCGCCGCGUGCAGGCCGACAUUUAG